AUUCAAUUUAUUUCAGAACAAAAUUAAAACAAUUCGAAAUACAUUUUCUCAACAAAUCAGAAAUUCAAAUAAAAAGUACUCCCAUCAAAUUUUAGUACUUUUAGUACUCACAUCCAUAUCAAUGAAUUUACUAAGUGCACAUCGCUGACUUGCGCUUUGACGUUUCACCAUGGCUUUUUGUUUGCAAACGGGUUCAACUGACAGCUGCUGCUGUCACACUGCAUGAAAACGAAAAGUGUAAAUAAUAAAAAAAAAAUCCACAAUGGAGUCACCAAAAGAAUUAUCUCUCGUUGAAAUCCGUAAAUAUAUGCUUGCAAAUGGUUGUAAAGUAACAAAUCAUGCUUUAGUUAAACACUUUAAGAAAUUCCUAACAAAUCCCGAUACACAAAGUGAAGCUCGUAAACAAUUCAAAACCUACGUAAAUAUAUUGUCCACAAUUAAAAAUGAAAAUGACCAAAAGUAUUUGAUUCUACGAAAGAAAUAUCUCCACGAAUGUCCAACCGAGGAAAUGGCACUUCGCACUGAAGUUGUCCCCAGCAGCCCCGGGGCAAUGUCACUCGUUUCCGAGGGUCUAGCCUCGCCAUUUAGACAACCUCCACCUUACAAACCACCUCCAGAGGUGUCCUCGCCCUUGGCAGCCAAAUUGCCAGUCUUGCAGCCCGAAAGUGCCGAUAAUUAUCGCGAUUGCAUAAAUGAGUUCGCGGCCGCUGUACGUUUGAUUGACUCUGCUUCGCGUCCGCGUGAAGAGUCACCUCCUGCCGAAAAGGAGGAGACCGUCGAUGAUGAUGUAAAGAUGAAAAUUGCUGAAAGUGAGAAAGUUCCGGCUGCAAAAGUUAGGCGCGAAAAUUCAAUCGAAAGUGAAAACAAAGAAAAUGUUGUGCGUUCGUCGAUUUCCUCGUCGGACACAUUUUCGUCGUUGGAAAACAGUGAGAAGACAUCGUCGGAUGCUGAAAAUCCAAUAAGUGUUAAGGAAGCCACUCGUAAGUUCAAUCGAAUGGCUUCCGAAGAGGAGGCGAAGAUUAUUUCGCCACCAACCAAAAAGAAACCUGAAAAGGUGAUCGAAGAAAAAAUGACUCCCGAAGUCACACUAUCCCAUCCAAAAGGCAAAGAAUGGGUAGUUUCAUCAGCAAAGGCCAACUACCAGGAAUUAGCAAAACUCGCAUCAGAAUAUCCGGAACUAGUAAAAUUGCAGGUAUAAAAUUUGUGCUAACACAAUAUGAUGGUGAUGUUUCUUUGAACUAUUUUCAUUAUCUAAAUAUUAGAUGGUAAGAAUUAGAAAUAAUUUGAUAUUUGUCUUCACCUAUGUAUAUUUGAGCAUAUCUCACAAUUAACUGUUUCGUAUUGACAAUGUGUCUCAUGAUAAGUCAACUGAUGAGGCCACUUGAGCUGCAAGGGGAAGAAACGCCAAAUUUUUGUAUGGACUUAAGACCGUAAAAAGCUACAUAUAUUAAAUCGAUUAACUGUCUCGCAUUUUCAUCAUUACCUAUCACCAAUCCAUAUACUUACACCACAUAUCCAGCGAAUGCUUUGUUAUUCCCUAUUUCAUUACACUGCCAGACUAUGUUCAGCUUUUUAAAAUUUUACAG